AUGCCUGCUACCACCAGAAGCAGAGGGGGACCCAUCGGCUCCAGCUCCGCCAGUCAGAAGAAUCAGAAAGCCCCCUCGCGAGGAAAGCAACAAACAUCAACUGGCAACAGCGCCAAGAGGGUACCGCGAUCCAGGACCUUCACAGGCUGCCGCACCUGCAGGAGUCGACAUCUCAAGUGUGACGAGGCCCGCCCGAAGUGUUCGUCCUGUCGCCGACUCAACCUGGUGUGCGAGGGCUACGAUGGGCAGCUCCUGUGGGUGCCGGAUCCGCUAUGCCCGACAACGGGCGAGCAGAAGCAUGCCUCCUCUUCUCACCGCGGCACCUCGUACCGGUACCCGCUCUUCACCGAGGAUGAGCGUAGCUCGAUGGCCGUUGAGAUCGUCGAUAGUAUGGGCGACCGCUCUGCCGGUGAUAUUGUCAUCGACCUUGACGAGAAGAGCGUCCACGGCGAGGGAGAAGUGUGUCUUAUCGGCCCCUUUGGCGUCUUCAGGGCGUUCGAGAGCGAUUCUACCACGGAAUCGGAAGAGGCUUCCUCCCCUCUUCAUCAGUCUCAGAGUUCGCCAACAUCAUCACCGGCCGACGUCUUGCCUGAUCUUGUCGGCGGUGACUGCCUAGAUGAGGAUGUCGAGGAGGUCAUGAUAGAGCCAUGGUCCAUUCAUGACGAAUCUCUAGCGAUGGAGCCGUCGUUUCUCCCUGGUGUCUUUGACACCUUUGAUGCAGACGCAUUGAUGAAUCUCGGCCAGCCUUGGAUGCAUGGUGAGGGCACGGGAAGUCUUUCCCAUAUGAUGUCCAUGGACGGCUCCAUGUCUGCUCUAGACCUUCUCUUCUCUUCUACCUCUCCGCGGCCUCCCGUCACGGGUCGCAUAGACCACCUAGCAACUGAUAUCCCAGACCAACAACAAGAAGAAACAAAUCAACUACAACUGCAAGACGCAAGUCUUCCGCAAGACCAACCAACCACUGAAACAACAUCAUCAGCUGAGCUCGAUAUGAACUUACCUCUUCCGCGCAAAGUUUCUGCACCCUUCACCAAUAACCUACCCGGCGUCGCACCAUGUCUUCCUACACAUGCCGCCUCUCUCUUACGAUACUACAAGACCAUCGAUUCAUCAUCGACUGUUAAGGGCAUGAGGAUAUCGCCUUGGCAGCUCUGGCUUCUGCCCUGCGCACUAGAGACAUUUGCCGAGCUGUCUCUUUGGAACACCACCUCCCAUACGAGACAUAGUAUUCUAUGCACAUUGUUAGCUAGGAGCGCUUUCCACUUGCACAGGUCGCUGAAAGAAGAUCAAAAGGCUUCAUCUGAAUGGCUUGGGGUCGGACUCGACUAUCAGAAAAGUGCGCAGUCACACCUAAAGCUGGCACUACAAAGCGAGUCUGACGAACCGAGCCAAGCCAAAUAUAAUGAAAUCCUCAUGGCCAUCCUUGCUACGGCCAUGGUAUCUGUACUCUACAACGGAUCUCGCGCAGUAAAGAUCUUCCUCCUCGAUGCUGAACGCCUCAUCCGCCUCCGUGGUCUCUCGAUGCCCAAAUCCUUCCAUCUUCGCGUCCUACACCAUGUCUACACCCACCUCCGUGUAAUAGCAGAGAGCACAGAUAUAUCCAUCGACAACUCUUCAUCCAAGAUAGGUCAAGCUCUCUCAGCGAAUGCACAAGCACAGGCAGCAACAGAGAUGGCCGUCUCACUCCGCAAGUUCCGCAUCGCCGAGGACUCACUCGGCGCCGACCUCGACAUCUCCAGAGAGAAACCCGCCGAGGUUGGCUACGCGGACAUCCACCUCGAUAUCUCUGGCCACUGGCCAGUCACGAUGUACCCCGAUAUUUACGGCGUCCCGGAGUCUCUGAUGACUCUGCUAUCUCAGACAAUCAGCUUUGCUAAUGAGAAGGCCAAGCUGGAAGCCAUUGCGUCGUACGAUCCCCGCGUCUCCGCAGCUCUUUCUCGUCAUGUUAAGAUGCUCGAAAAACACAUUUGGUCCUGGUCGAUUGAGUCUACCGAUGUACACAGCGGACCGAGUAGGCCGCAGGAACUCACGGAUAGAGACACAAAACUAGUUGACCACCCCGUCAUUCGAUCCCUCACGUUGGCGAUGCACCAAGCUCUGAUCAUUUACUUCUACCGGCGAGUGUAUAACAUGAGCGCGAUGGUCAUCCAGGAUGCCGUUCGCAAAACUCUUGACUACAUACAACCCUGUCUUGAGGAGACUGCGGAUGACCAUGACUUUGCUACUAGCAUUGGCUGGGCCGGGUUCAUCGCAGCUUGUGAGGCUGUUACGCCGGAUCUCCAAGAGCGAGGACGGCUUAUUCUUGAAUCUAUCGACACACAAGGGGUUAUCUUUGGUGCUGAUAAGCCCAGCGUCCUGGCGCAAGGGGUGUGGGAUAAGAGAAGAGAGACGGGGGACUGGACGUUGAGCUGGCCAGACUUGAUGCAAAAUAUCUCGAGGUGA